AUGUCGCCUUUAUACGAAGAAUUAUUUAAAGAUGGUAUCAUGUCAAGAUAUUUUUAUGAACCAAGGAACUUUACUACGCAGUGUAACGACCCCAUGCAGUCAGCAAAUAUUGGACUCGUACCAUGCAAAUCAAUUUGUCUUACGCUUACUCAGGAUUUUAUUGUGAUGGGACGUAAUACAGGCAAAAAAUUAACAAUACGCGGCUGCGCCGUUUCUAUUAGCCGACAUGGUUUUUUUAACAGGACAAUGAUAUUAUUUGAUCGAUAUGACAUGUGCCGUGACGUAAAAGCAUCCGAUUUGUUCAGAUACGAAUCUGACUCGCAAACAGUGCGGGUAUGUUCAUGUCUCGGUGAUCGCUGUAACGCUGGUGCUAGUUCUUCUGGAGUAGUGAAGCAAUUUGUUGCCACGAUCAUUCCCAUUGUCCUUCUCAUCAUUUGUCAUUUGCAAAUUUUUUGA